AUACAAAGAAGGGGGGGCAAAUUUUCACCAGCAACAAAGUACAAGUGAAAAGUGUGAAGUAUUUUGCUGGUGAAAAAGUCAAUUUGCUGAUAAUUUUGCAAAUUUAGACGAAUUAUCUUCCUGUAACUUGAUUGUACCUCCCACGAUGCCAACUUUGCAAUAUAAUUAAAACAAUUUUUAAGCAGUUAUCGAAGAAAAUUAAGGAAUAUUGUGCUGGGACCAAAUACCGCAAUAGUGCAAAAUACUUCCAACUUAAAUUUAUUCUUGACGAAAUAUGCACCAAAAAUAGCCAAACAAUAUUCUUCCAAUCGAUUAAUAAAAUUGUUGCCCCACGAUGAAGCGCCAAAAUAUUCGUACACUUUCGCUGGUGGUUUGCACGUUCACCUAUCUGCUAAUUGGGGCGGCCGUGUUUGAUGCCCUCGAGUCGGAAACAGAAGCCCGGCGGUGGGAGUUUCUUAAAAGCGUCAAAGCAAACUUCGUGGCCAAAUACAACAUAACACCGGAGGACUACCACAUGAUCGAGAUCGUCAUAACCGAGAACAAACCCCACAAGGCGGGCCCCCAGUGGAAGUUCGCCGGCGCUUUUUACUUCGCAACGGUGGUUCUGGCGAUGAUCGGUUACGGCCACUCGACCCCGGUCACGAUCGGUGGCAAAGCGUUCUGCAUGGCGUACGCAAUGGUCGGAAUUCCGCUGGGGCUGGUCAUGUUCCAGAGUAUCGGCGAGCGGUUGAACAAGUUCGCGUCGGUGGUGAUUCGGCGAGCCAAAAAGUAUCUGCGCUGCCAGCAGACCGAGGCCACCGAGAUGAACUUGAUGUUGGCCACGGGACUGCUGUCGUCGGUUAUCAUUACGACCGGAGCGGCGGUGUUUUCCAAGUAUGAGGGAUGGUCGUACUUUGAUAGCUUCUACUACUGCUUCGUAACGCUGACCACGAUCGGAUUCGGAGACUACGUUGCGCUGCAGAACGACCAGGCCUUGAUCAACAAACCUGGCUACGUAGCGCUGAGUUUGGUCUUUAUCCUGUUUGGGCUGGCCGUGGUCGCCGCCAGUAUCAAUUUGCUCGUGCUGCGGUUCAUGACCAUGAACGCGGAGGACAUUCGCCGGGAGGAGGCCGAAAUGCAGUCAUCGGCGGACGGGCUAAACUACGAGUGCGAGUCCACCGGGAAGUUGCUGUCCUGCGGCAAUCUGAACUACUGCUCGGAGAUCGAGGAGGAGGACACGUCGGUUUGCUCGUGCACGUGCCUUGGGGGGAAUAGCUUUACCACGCACGAGAACGAAUUUCUGCUGGACCAGGGCUACCAUCCGGCGGACAUAAUCACCAGUACAAUCAGUUUGAAGCGGAUGUCGAUAUAGGCGAGUGCAGGGUUUUUAAUUCUUUCCCUGAGCAGUAAACAACUUAGAGGUGAUUUUUGAUGAACAGAAAUCACAACUAUGCCCAUGAAUUUCUACGUCAAAUUGAAUAAGUUUUUUAAUAUAUUUUUGUUAGUUUUUUUAUAUAUGUAUGUAUAUAUAUAAAUUAGGGAUUUCUCCUGAUAAGCCAAGAAAACCCUCAAUGAAACUUGAAAUAACUGAAUCAACAUAUAUAAAAAAAUAAUUGACUUCUGCAAUAACUUACUGA